CAUUUUCAACUGUCAAAGGUUUUGUUACUCAUCACCGUCGCAGAAAAUCAACUCGCCGCGUGAAAAGCCGCUGUUGCUAAUUUAAUAAAUAUUCCUCAAAUAAACCAGUGUAUUCUCUUUUGAUUAAUUAAAUAUGCAACCGCAAAUCGUGCUUUUGAAGGAGGGUACCGAUACCUCGCAGGGCAAACCCCAGCUCAUAUCGAACAUCAAUGCCUGUCAAUCGAUUGUGGAUGCUGUGCGCACCACUCUUGGUCCGCGCGGUAUGGACAAGUUGAUAGUUGACUCCAGUGGAAAGGCAACUAUUUCAAACGAUGGAGCCACCAUUAUGAAGCUAUUGGAUAUUGUGCAUCCAGCUGCUAAGACACUGGUCGACAUUGCCAAGUCUCAAGAUGCUGAGGUGGGUGAUGGCACCACUUCUGUUGUUCUCCUGGCUGGGGAAAUCUUGAAGCAAGUUAAACCAUUCGUUGAGGAAGGUGUGCACGCUCGCAUUAUAAUCAAAGCUAUUCGCAAAGCAGUACAGUUAUGUAUGGCGAAAAUUAAUGAAAUGGCUGUGCAUGUCGUAGCACAAUCCAAGGAACAGCAACGUGCCUUAUUGGAGAAAUGCGCUGCCACAGCAAUGUCUUCGAAACUGAUACACCAACAGAAAGAUUUCUUCUCAAAAAUGGUUGUGGAUGCCGUACUGUCUUUAGAUGAGUUGUUGCCUUUGAAUAUGAUUGGUAUCAAAAAGGUUACUGGUGGAUCGUUAGAGGAAUCUGAACUUGUUUCUGGUGUCGCUUUCAAAAAGACUUUUUCAUAUGCGGGCUUCGAAAUGGCGCCAAAAUCUUACAAAAAUUGUAAAAUCGCCCUAUUAAAUAUUGAAUUGGAAUUGAAAGCCGAGCGUGAUAAUGCCGAAAUACGAGUAGAUAAUGUGAAGGAAUACCAGAAAGUGGUUGAUGCUGAGUGGCAAAUUCUGUACAAUAAACUAGCUAAGAUUCAUGAAUCUGGUGCCAAUGUUGUGCUAUCGAAACUUCCUAUUGGUGAUGUUGCCACACAGUAUUUCGCAGAUCGCGACUUGUUCUGCGCCGGUCGAGUGCCUGAAGAAGAUUUGAAGCGUACAAUGAAGGCUUGUGGUGGUGCCGUAAUGACCACCGCCAAUGACAUAAACGCAAAUGUAUUGGGCAAAUGUGACUAUUUCGAGGAGCGACAAGUCGGCGGUGAACGUUUUAACAUCUUCCAAGGUUGUCCCAAUGCCAGAACGUGUACAUUGAUUCUGCGUGGAGGCGCUGAACAAUUUCUAGAAGAAACUGAACGUUCAUUGCAUGACGCUAUUAUGAUUGUGCGACGCACAAUAAAGCAUGAUUCCGUGGUUGCUGGUGGCGGUGCCAUCGAAAUGGAGCUCUCGAAAAUCCUUCGUGACUAUUCGCGAACCAUCGCCGGUAAGGAACAGCUGUUGAUUGCCGCCAUUGCCAAAGCUCUGGAGGUGAUUCCCCGUCAACUGUGCGACAAUGCCGGUUUCGAUGCCACUAACAUUUUGAACAAACUACGUCAAAAACAUGCUCAAGGCGGGCAAUGGUAUGGUGUUGAUAUCACCAAGGAGCAUAUCGCUGACAACUACGAACAAUGCGUUUGGGAGCCCUCGAUUAUUAAGAUAAACGCUUUGACCGCCGCUGCUGAAGCCGCCUGCAUGAUACUCUCUGUCGACGAGACAAUCAAGAGCCCCAAAGCUGGCAAUGAGGCACCAAUGGCUGGCGGCAUGGGCAUGGGCCGUGGCAUGGGAAGGCCCAUGUGAGCGCCUGCUAUCUAAAUUACUUGGACCUUCAUCGGGAAACCACAUCAAAAGUCAUUACAGAACAGCUGCACUCACACGCUAACUGCUUCAAACAACAAAGGAAAUAUAAUAUUUUAUUGCAUUUGGUUCUUAAUUAUACACAAUUAAAAUAUGGUAACAAAACAUUAGUUUUGCAAAUAAACUAAAAACUAAAGAUAA